GGCACGAUGGCCCACAGCCAGUCUCGGAAGAGAUCACGCAGCAGGAGCAAGAGCAAUUCUCGGGGCAGGCAGGAGAGGAAGGAGAAGAGGAGGAGGAAGAGCAGCAAGGACUCGCGGCAGACCGCCGGGUCUCAGGAGCACAGGUCGAGCUCGGCGGCAGCUGGGGAAGGGAAAAAGAAGGAAAGAAAGGACAAAAAGAAGAGGAAGGCAAGUACCUCUUCCUCUGAGACAGCGUCGUCAUCCACAAGCUCCUCCUCGUCUUCCUCUUCUUCCAGCUCCUCUUCUGAUGACUCUAGUGACAGUGACUCCAAAACAAAGAAGAGUCGACACGGCAAAAAAAAGCAAGUGAAACAGAAAGACAAGAAAAAGAAGAAGAAGAAGAAGAAGAGAAUGAAGAAGAAAUCAAAAAAGAAGUCAAAGGAAGGGACUAAGGAGGAGAAAGCCCAGGGCGAAGCGGUGCCCGGCCCCUCGCUGGAGCAGUGGCAGAAGGAGUCGCUGGCAGACUCUGGACCAGUCUUGACAGACGAACAAAAAUCCCGAAUCCAGGCCAUGAAGCCGAUGACAAAGGAGGAAUGGGACGCGAGGCAGAGCGUCAUAAGGAGAGUCGUGGAUCCCGACACGGGGAGAACCAGGCUUAUUAAGGGAGAUGGAGAAGUGCUAGAAGAAAUUGUCACCAAGGAGAGACACAAGGAGAUCAACAAGCAAGCCACGCGGGGGGACGGGCUGGCCUUCCAGGUGAGGACGGGGAUGCUGCAGUGAGCACCAGCCAUGCUGGGAGCCUCUGGACCCUGCGGACA